CAUGGAGGGAACAGACAACAUGAUGACAGUCUCUAGGGUCCUCGAAGCCAACACCUCUGACCAGGAGAUAUAUGAGGCAGUUAUAAAGGCAAUUGUCAACAUUGUCCAGAGCUGCUUCGCUCCGUCACAUCUCAGGCGAGAAGCACUGGAUGCCCGGGUCUUGGACCGACUCUGCACCGCACAAUUCCCCACCAAGAUAGUGCUGGAGCUUCAAAAUCGGAGGGUUCCUGGUUUAGACGAUGAGAAACUCAUCCUAACACUAUGCAAGUUCUGCCAGGGGUCAAACGAAUGCCACAACCUCGCACCCAAUUCAUUGUCGCAGCCACCAACAUUUAUGGGGCGGGCGUGGUUACAGCUCAUAGACUGCGGAGGUGUGGCUAUGCUGGUUGAACUCCUCGUGCGGCACCGUCACCACACUAAGCUCAGGCCAGCCAUUUUGAAGGCAAUUCUAGGGGUUGAGCAUAAUUAUUCCUUCAGGGAGCCUGUACUGAAGCACUUGCUUGCAGCACAAAUCCUUCCACAGUUAGCAGAACAGUUUGAUGAAGUCAUGGCAGAGUAUCGUAAUGUUAGAAGGAAAGCACAACCCAACUCCUGUGUGCACACAUUUCAGACAGAUAAUAUAUCCCAGGCAAAUGAAUUGGAAAUCAAUUCAGAAGUGAAAGAUCCAGCAGAGGGAUCAAAUGGUGAGGAAAAGCAGACUGUAUUUUCAAAAAAUGACAGCAAGUUGAAAAGAAAUGAUUUCACAGAAAAGACAACAGGUUCAGAGUCAGAUAAUAAUCAAAUAAAUGAAUCAAAGUCAAAAGAUUUGAGUGUAAAAAGUGAAAAUGAUUUUGACUCAGCAAUAGCCAGAGGUGAAGUUGGAGGCAGUCCUCCAAAGGGAAAUAUAUGCAAAGCCAGUUUCUCAGCUGUGAAGGGAAAUGGAAAAGUUGUGCAAGAUUAUGCUACCUCAGGCAUAUCAGAUGGGCAUGGUGCAUCUCAUCCUCAAAGCCCAGGACUCCAUAGCUUUCCACAGAGUCCUGGAAGUGUGUCAUGUUCUCCUCACAGCCACUACUCCAGCUCCGGUCAUGUCUCACCCACCUGGUCUCCUGCUCAGGAAAGUGCAGAGUCGCCCAUCCCUCAGCAACCCCCCAUCUCCUUCCAGCAGACCGUCAGUUCAAACCCAGGAUUUCCAGUUGUGAUGGACUCUCCUUGUCCUUCGUCUCAUGGGUCUCCCUAUGCAUCACCUGUACCCCCCCCUCCCCCAUCCAUGUCUCCCAUCCGAGUCCCAUCGGACUGGGAAUAUGAAGAUGAGGAAGAUGUAGAACCUUUGGAUGAUACAGGGAGAUUCUCACCUGUGAUGCCCCACUUGAAAGCGAAGGAGAUUGAGGACGAGGAAGAGUCUGAAAUUGAUGAGGAUAGUCAGACGAGUCGAGAGUGCGAGAGCAGUGAAAAGGAAGAUGUGCGGACUUUGGAUGUUGAAGCAAGCAACGGUGAGCGUGAGAAAGUUGCAAGUAAGAUGGAGAAUGAGGAAGUGAUUGGGGAUAUGGAUAAGAAAUUAGUUAUAAGCUCAGGGAAGAGAUUUCGAGAGGCUUCUAGUCCAAAUGAUUCAACCUCUCCUGAUUGUAAGAAGUUGAAGUUAACCAUUCUGCCACAGAAAUCCGAAUAUCAGACUAAUUUAGACAAAAGUGUGAGUGAAGAUGAUGAGUCUGCAGUUGUAGCUGAGAAUAAAGACAGUUUUGCAUCACCAGCUGAACCAGGAAAAGAGCAGAACAGCGAAUCAAAAUCCCCAUUUAUCAAGUUGAAUCAGAUAAAGUUUCGUGUUCGGAAAAAAGGCGUUGCAAGGCAGCAUAUUAACCUUGGAGGUGUUGGAGGAGUGAUUGGUGGAGGUGGAGGAGAAAGCAGUGUUAUACCAAAUUCUAGUCCACUUCAGGAGGUAACAGGCAGUGAAUUACGGAGUUCUAUUCGGGAAAGAAGACCAAGCAGCGUCUCCUCCUUCUCAGCAUAUUCCGAAUUGACGCAGGACGAAGCCAAUGCGCUGGAGCUUUUGGAAUUGUUAGUGAGGAUCAUUGGCCAAGUAGCGCAUGUGAAGGAAGCGAUCCACAAAGUGUGCAUGGAAUUUGUGCCUCGAAUUAUGACCUACCUCUCCUCGGUGCAGGUUGUCCACAAGUCAGCUAUGCGUAUGCUGGUUACCAUUGCCAAAAAUUCUCUCUGCAUCCAGCCACUCCUUGACACCCUGUUCAUCCCAUAUGUGGGGGUGGAGCUGGGGGAGGCAGGUGACCCUGAAUCCCCCAGUGGGUGUCAACAGUGCCGCAUCAUCUCAGAAGGGGCAGCAGCUUUCUUAGACCAGAUGGUCAACUUCUUCAAUCAUGUCCACAAGUACGGUCACAGUGAAGCCAUCAGCAGACUCCACCCGGCGAAAGACAUUAGGGUUCGGGAAGGGUGUGUCAUGGCUUUGCCGCAUGUCACAAGAUGCCCAAAGCUUCUGCAUGAUUUCAUGGUGUGCUAUCCUGCCAUGGAGUUGCUCAUGGAAGUCCUGCGUUCGGAGAAGCCCCCCAAUGAUGCAAAUUACAUGUAUGCAACAGCAGCUAUAUCAAGACUAGCAAGGACACUGCAGUUGGACAGGCAGGUGAGCCCUGUCAAGUGCUUAGUGUGCUUCCAAAGGGGCAACCACACUCCAGAGGAGGUUGCACAGCACUUCAAACUGCAGCAGAAGAACACCGCGACUCCUUAUGAACCCCCCCAAAAGGAGGAGCAAGGAGGAAUAACUCCCAGAGGCAGUGAAUCAUCACAUACUGACCCACAAGACAAGUGCAAGUGGGCAAAAGAGAGUGUCCGGGAUGUGACUUUCAAGCUGGAGGAUGGCAGUACAGUGUCUGCCAGCCGGGAAAUUCUAGCAGAGAAGAAUGAAGUCCUGCGAAACAUGCUCAUGGGCUCGUUUGUUGAGGGGACCACCUCUUGCAUCACACUAUCUGACCGAAGCAGAGCCUCAUAUGAGAUACUAAUACACUUUCUCUACGGGUGCCGCUGUGAUGUCCUGGACAGCGGUGAUAUCAAAACCUAUAUUGAGCUGGUUUUCUUGUCACAGAUGUACAUGCUGAAUAGUCUGCAGACAUUUGCAAUGGCUAAGAUGAUUUCCUCCAUCAAGGUUGGGAGGGACAUCAUUGGUAUCUAUGAAAGUGGGGUUGGGUUCAUUGACGAGAACUUGAUCCUGCAGGCACUCUGCACUGUUUUGGUGAAGCCAAUGAAGACCUGGAAGAGAGCAAGAUGGCUUAAAGAACUGUUUCAGUCAGAGCAUGCCUGCGACAUCGACCACAACAUCCGCAUGAUUCUCCAUCAUCCUCUGGAUCUGAAUAGACUGAUAUGCAACUGUGAUCAGUCCAAGUCUUUAUAUAGGAUCAGUGAGAGCGAGUAUACCAAGCUGUGUUAAGAAUAAUGUUGUGAAAUUUAUGCAGAAUAUUUAUUGCCUAAUUUUUUAGAGUUUGUAAAAAGUUUUAUGCGGACCAAAUUCAAUUUGUUCAACACUGGCUUCCUGUGUAUCCUAUUGCUUCUUUUUGUUGUUGUUGUUGUUAACAUACAAGUAAAUGUGUGAUAAUAAAGUAUCACAUCUUGACUAUUUAUUCCAUUGAUUUAAAGAAUCAAUGCUGCUUCAUGUUUAUCUUCGAUGAAGACCUUAGUCAGUAGUCAUAAGCUCAAGUAUUGGCAUUUACUUGUGAAUAAGUUGAUACUUAUAUUGACCGAAUCCUUGCUUUAAAAUAGAAUGUGGCAUUUAUUGUAUGUAAGAAGGAUUAGUUAGCUAAUGUUGAUGUGGUUGUUUUCAAUUUUUUUGGGGGGAGGGGAUGAGACAGAAUUCUUUGUGGUUAGAUAUUCUUUACAUAAUACUUAUGCUUUGAUUUUAAUUAUAUUUUCUGGUUUUGAAAUAGUUUCACCGUCUGAAUAUGAAUUAUGAUGGGCCUCUCUAUAGCAGAACCAAAGCCAAAUUAUGUUUCAAAUUUCAGAUGCUUUUGUCAUUUGGGGAAGUGUUUCAGUAGUACUUUUGUUUUUAUGAAUCUGAACUGUAAUUAUAAAACUGAUACUUUAUCAUGAUAGAAUGGUAAGAAACAUUUGCUUAACCAUUUAGCCACCAGGCCCUAGUAUGUUAUUAGGUUUUAUAAGAAAUGCAGAAAUCAAAACCUAUGCAGAAUAUUAGAGAUGUGUGUUGAAAGAAGCAGCUGCAUGCUUGUACAGUGAACGAGUAUAACCAUUAUACGAGGUUUCAGGAAAAGUAACCCUUGUUUUGGGGUAUGAGCUAUUGUUUUUACAACACCUUCUGUCAAAUGUGUGUGCUUCCAUUAUGUCAUAGAAACAGGAGGAAAGAGGUAGGGAUAGGGAGGAGGAGAGGGAGUUGAAGAAGAGUCAGAACCAAUAUCCAACUGUAACUAUACAGUAAGUAUACUGUAGCAAAGAAAAGAUAUUGGAACCUAUUACUUUUGUUAGUGAUUUGUUAUUAGAUGCUCAGGGAUCUAACAUUAGGUAAGAUCACACAUCAUUAUUAUUGUAACAAUUUUUAAACUGUGGUUGAAGUGUUUGUAAGUUUUUAUCAAACCAAUUUUUAGCAUUUUAAAAAUGCUGUUGAUCUCUCUCUCUCUCUCUCUCUCUCUCUCUCUCUCUCUCUCUCUCUCUCU